CUUGUGAUGAGAAAAAGAACUAGGGACAUCCUCUCACAUUCAGCAUAAAAUGUUUACUCACUUGACACUGUUUAUUUUGGCUUUCUUGGCUGCAAGAACAGUUACAGCUUCUUACGAAUGUUACACAUGUAAAGAUAUUGACGAUCCUGAUGAUUGCCAUAACAUUACAGAAAGUGGUAACCAACAGUCCUGUUUUGCUAAAGUGGACAUCAAGGGGCGAUCUAAGUCGUUUACAUUGGGAAUCACAGAUGAUGAGAAUUGUGGCACGAUUCCAAUCUACAAUGUGACAAAAGUGAAAAGAGAUGUGGCGGACCAAUGUUUCGAGUGUUGUAGUAGAGACAAAUGUAACAGUCAGUUAUGUCAACACCGAAAACCCUCAAAAUGUAUCGACGACGUCAAAAUUGACUGUGCACAUAUGAAUGCGGUGUUUAAUAUUUGUGGAAAAGUGCACCAGGCGAAGAAUAUGUGUCCUAAGUUUUGUCGUCUGUGCUCAUUAGUUGGCGGAAACUGGGCAGAUUGGUUUGAAUGGUCAGCGUGUGACGUCACAUGUGACGUUGGCAUACACAUCAGAAAGCGAACGUGCACUAACCCUGCUCCCGCGUAUCAAGGUCUGAUGUGUUCUGGAAAUGACACUGAAACAAAACGCUGCAAUAAUAUGCUCUGCCCUGUAAAUGGUGGUUGGUCUGACUGGUCCGAUUGGGGAGAAUGUUCUGUGACAUGUGACACCGGUCUGAAGAAGAGAAACCGUUCAUGUUCCAAUCCGUAUCCGAAGAGAACCGGCGUUCAUUGCUUUGGUGACUCCACUGAUGUUGAAAUAUGUAAACAAAAGGCAUGCACAGAUAUUACCACUACGGUCGCUUUCAGGUCAGAUACAGUUACUGACUUGUCUUUAACGGACAACAAAAUUAUUGUAUUCUCACAUUACACUCUCAACAUUGGUGGCGCAUAUAACAACAAGUCUGGUAUUUUCAGAGCACCUGUCCCUGGACUGUACCAGUUUGCAGCUCAGAUAUGUUUGUAUGUGCCUUCUCAAGCGUAUUUUGGUAUCUCUGUGAAUGAUAUAAUUCUCACGAAGUCUUUAAUCGGGGACAAGUUUUGGCACAGAUGUUACACGUUUGAUGCUCUGACAUUUGUAGAUCUGGCAAAUCAAGUAUCCGUCAAAUGCAUAGGGUCGUGCCUCGGUGACAAAUUAAUCAAGAAUUAUCAUAUGCAAAGCAGUUUUUCGGGGUUUCUUGUCAAAGCAAAUAUGCAAUAAUAUUUCAAUAACCCUUUCAUUGCUCCAACGACUUUAACAAGUCCGGAAUCAAAACUGCAGAGACAAAAUCAAUUAUAAUAUUACAGAAACCACUUUGUUGAUGACAUUUUUAUAACUAUACAAAUAACAUUAAAGAAGAAGAUACCCACACAAAGUUUUUGCAAUAAAACAUUUUGGAGUAUUUAUAAUUAAAGUGAUAUAUAAAUAUGAGUGGCAUAAGGAAAAAAUGCACCCCUUCAAUUAUUUUUAACAUCAUUAUAAUUAAUCCAAAACCGACAGUUGUCAAGCUUAAGUGUAUUAAAAUGUUUAAAGUGUUUAUUCUAAUAUACAUUUGUCAUUUAAUGAUCAUAAUUCACAUAAGCUAAUACAACACGCCUCGCAUCACGGGUUUCUAGAUUGACGGUCCGGUAUGUUUACCACUAUAACACAACUUAAAUUUUCUAUAAUUUUAUGUAUACCGAAUACCUUUUACGCAUAAUACGUUUUACAAAUGUAUUUACUAAACUACAUGUCUUUUUUAAAGGGAUAAGCAUUUUCUGCUUAAUAUUCAUCGAUCACUAUAAUCUUUUCAAAUACGUAGUAUGAGAAUAAUGUAUGAUAUAUCGCACACAAGUGUGAAAUAUUACUAAAGUAACAUAAAAAUGUUUAAGCGAAUUUAGUUUGUCUAAAACAACAUGGAACCAUUGACGUGUGUUGCAAAAAGAUUGAUGAAAAAAAAAUCAGUUGUUUUUAUUUAUCAUUCUUAUUAUCUGCCUAUCUAUUUAUUAACUUAAUUUAACCACAUUUCAAAUGUAUCAUUUUUGUUGCCUCACUUUGUCUUGUAAUAAAAAUAAUAGAGCAGUG